AUGGCUCCUCCAACAUUUCGUCCAGAAAAUGCCAUUAAGAGAGCAGAGGAAUUGAUUUCUGUUGGCAACAGUCAAGCUGCCUUACAAUCUCUUUAUGAUUUUGUCACAGCUAAGAGAGUUCGUUGGACUCAACCAGCUACUUUAGAACCAAUUGUUUUUAAGUUUUUAGAACUUGGUGUUGAAUUGAAGAAGGGUAAGAUGAUCAGAGAUUGUUUGCAUCAAUAUAAGAAGUUGAUUCAAGGUACUCCAGAAGGUUUAAUUUCUGUUGGUGUCGUAGCUCGUAAGUUUAUUGACAUUGUGGAAAAAAGAAUUGUUAAUGAACAAGCCAAAGAAGAAGAAAGACAUGUCGAUCUGGAUGAUUUAGAAGGUGGUAUUACACCAGAAAACUUACUAAUUUCUAUUUAUGAAGAAGAUCAAUCUGUUGGUGGUUUCAAUGAUGAGACAUUCACAUCUUGGGUCAGAUUUACUUGGGAAUCCUAUCGUUCUGUUUUGGAACUUGUUAGAAAUAACUCUCAAUUAGAAAUCACUUAUUCUGGUGUUGUUAGCAGAACCAUGCAAUUCUGUUUAAAACAUAAUCGUAAAAAUGAAUUCAAGAGACUUGCUGAUAUGUUACGUCAACAUUUAGAUGCUGCUAAUUACCAACAGAACAAGAAUGGUACUAAUAUUGUGGAUUUAAGCGAUAAUGACACUUUACAACGUUAUUUAGACCAACGUUUCCAAUUGGUUCAGUGUUCUGUUAAGCUAGAAUUAUGGCAUGAGGCCUUUAGAGCUGUUGAAGAUGUAUAUCAUCUAAUUAAAAUGUCUAAGCGUGCACCAAAGAUGUCUACUUUAGCUGCAUACUACAAAAACAUUGCAAAGAUUUUCUAUGUUUCUAGUGAUUCACUAUUACAUACCACAGCCUGGAAUAAAUUUUAUGAACUUUACUCCUCUAAUCCAAAUGCUACUGAAGAAGAAUUUAAAGAAUAUGCUUCCAUUAUUUUGUUAUCAGCUUUAGCAAUUAAGUUAGACAUUUUGCCUUCAGUUGGAUUUGAUUCUCAGUUACGUCUAUACCGUUUGGUUGGUCUAGAAAACAAACCAUCUAGAAAGGAAAUAUUUGAUAAUAUCUUAAACAGUGACAUCGCUUCAAAAGUCGAUAAGAAUGUUAUGGAAUUAUACACUUUGAUUGAAAAGGACUUUUCUAUUGAAAACAUCCAAUCUAAGUUGGCAACUUUAUUGCCUAAGUUAGUAACUUUGCCAUAUUUCGCUCAAUACUCCACCCAAAUAAGAGAUGUUAUUUUAAGAAAACUUUUUGUUGAAAUAUCAACGAAAUAUGAAACUAUUACUAUUGAUGAAUUAUUUAAACUAGCUACUUUACCAGAACCAAUGAAUCUAGGUGCUUGGGAAGUUGAAAAGACUUUAUUACAAGCUGCUAUGGAUGACUAUGUCUCCUUCACCAUUGAUCAAGCUAAGAACACUGUUAAAUUUGUCAAGGAUCCAUUUGAACAAUUCCUUGUUGCUUCUGCUACUGCUUCUACAGAAGAACCCGAGCAAGAUGAAACAAAAGAAGAUGAAGUUGAAUCAGUUGAAGGAGAUGAAAAGGAACCAAAGACUGUUGAAAACGAAGAAGGAGAAACCAUUGUCGAGCCAGAAGUCAUUGUCACUCGUAACAGCUAUAUUAGAAAUAAAUUAUUUCAAUUAUCGGCCACUUUACAUGAAAAUGAAAACUACAGUGAAAUUUCUUAUUUAGAAAGGGUUAGAUUAGCUCGUGAAAGUCUGAUCACUCAGACUAAAGCAUCUAUUGAAAGGGCCAAAGAAGCCGCCGAAGAACGUGCCAAGAGAUCUCAAGAACAAAGACAAAGACGUUUACAAGAAUCUGAAGCUCGUUUUGAACAGGAUGCUGAAUUAAGACAAAGACGUAUGCUUGAAGAAAAGGCUGCCAUGGAAGUUAAAUUAGCGGAAGAAGCUCAUCGUCGUUUAAUUGAAAAGAAGAAGCGUGAACUAGCUGCCUUAAAAGAAGCUGAAGCUUUAAAAGCUAUUGAAGAAAUUAACGCUAAUGGCAAUGUCUACAUUGAUCCUGCUGAAGCUAAAAACUUAGAUUUGAAAGAAUUGAGAAGUAUUCUUGUUAAUCAGUUAUCUAAAGAUAAAGCAGAAUUAGAAGAACGUGUCAACUAUUCAGUUAAAAAAUUAGAUCACACUGAAAGAGCUUUGAGAAAGACGGAAUUACCUAUCUUACAAAGGGAAGCUGACACAUUGAAAGAAGCAGAUAUGGUUAAGUAUAAGGCCAUGACAGAAAAGAUUGUUGAAGCUGCAAAGUCGGAACAUGAAGCUAGGUUGGCAGAUUACGAGCGUGUUAGCCAUGUUUGUGAUGAAGUUAAACAAUUGAGAGAAAAAUUAUUCCAGGCUAGGGCAGAAGAAUAUCAAGCAAUUCAAGGUGCUAAGAGGGAAGCUUUUGAAAAGGCUAAACAAGAGAGAAUUGACAAAGUUAGAAAGGAACGUUAUGAAGCUGCUGUUGCUAAACGUAAACAAGAAAUUGCAGAAGCCAGUAGAUUGAAACGUUUACAAGAACAAGAAGCUAUUGCUCGUAGACAAAGAGAAGUUGAAGAAGCUUUAGAACAAAAAGCUGCUGCUUCUAAAGCUGCAUCCAGAAUCCCAGCUGCUGCUCCUGUUGUUGCCAAAAAUAGAGCCGAUCUUGAUGCUAUUGCCCGUAGACAAAGAGAAAUCGAGGAAGCUGUUGAGAGAAGAGCCGCUGCAGCUUCUAACAAUAAGUCAUCUGGUGGAUCUAAAUAUGUUCCACCAUCUGCACGUGCUGCACCAGUUGCUAAGAAGACAGCUAGUGAAUUAGAUGAGAUUGCUCGUAAGCAAAGAGAAAUGGAAGAAGCUAUUGAAAGGAAACUUUCUGCUAAAUCAGCUUCUCCAUCUCCAGCUGCUGUCGGUUCUACAAAUGGUUCUUCUCAAAAUUCUGAUAAACCAUUGAGUUUUGCCGAAAAGAUGAAAUUAAGAAGACAACAACAACAAAAUAAAUAA